AUGACACGUUCGCUCUCCCCGUUCCCGCCGCACUACCCAACCGCCCCGGUCAAGAGCCUCCACGGCGCGCUGCAUCGUCUGCAUCUGCUUGCGACGAGCGUGCCGACGCCUUUGCCUUUGCUCGAGUUUCUGGACGACCGGGAGAAUGUUAUCAAGCUGGCCGGCAACAUCGUCGGCACGCUCACCCGGUUCUGCAACGACUCACACGUCCAGCGCCACGGCGCGCUGGCCCUCGCUGCUCUCGCUAACAUCUCAACUCCGUUUGCCGGCUUGGCGGAAGAGAAAGGUGCGUCUGCCGUCAUGCUCCACGCCAUCUACCAGCGGCGGAAGCGGUUUGUCGACGACAAGAUCGACACCCGAAAGGCCUACUGCGCUGAUGCAGAGGUUCUCCUCGGCUAUGUCGGCAUUGUCGAGCGGUUCUCGCUUGUGUCCAAUGCCCACUUUGAGCAGAACCCACACGAGGCUCUCCUUAUUCCCGCCCUUGUCGGCCGGCUCGAGUCCCCAACCGCGCUGCAGGGCCUCGUACGCCUCUUCUCGUUCUUUGUUGUGCUCGAUCCGGUCAUCACGCUUCGGACUGCUCGGGUUGUCAUUGACCGCGCCACUGCACUCCUCGCGUCACCGGAGGCCUGGCCGCCGUCGCUCACCGCUGUCCUCAUCCAGGUUGUCGCCCUCAUCCACUCGUACCCGGCUGGCCGUGCCAUGGUCGAGUCGCGCCGCGGCGACCUGGCGAGAGCCAUCGAGGCCACCUUUGAGACCCAUGUAUACGCCGACGAGCGCCAAUCUGAGGAGAUUUGUAUGCUCAUCCUGCGCUUUCUCGAGCAAAUCGACCUGCCGCUCGCCGAGUCGGCUGCCUCGUCCGCCGGCGCCGCGCGCUCCAUCGCCAUGCGCCGGCGUUCGCUCUCGGCCCAGCGGACGCCCAAGGACCAGUCAACAGGUUCAUCCUGCCAGAUGGAGUCGGACGUCGUGCCGUAUACACACCUCGCGGAGUUUUCGCCGGGUCAGUAA